AUGGCAGAAACAAAGCCUAAGCCAGCGAUUCUGAUCGUAUCAGAUACCGCAUCUCAGAAUCCAGCAUCUGAUAAAACAGUGGAUGCUCUCUCGACAUCAUUUGCCGCAGCAGGGCCGGGUGCCUGGGAGUCGCCCGUCACCAAGAUUGUACCGGACAGUGUGCUUGAUAUCCAGCGAACCAUUUGCGAUUGGACAGAUGGACCGAACUGGUUUAAUUUGAUUCUUGUCAGCGGCGGAACAGGGUUUGCAGCUAAGGAUAAUACGCCCGAGGCCGUAUCACCUCUCAUCCAUCGCCAUGCGCCGGGUCUUGUACACGGCAUGAUUGCGGCGUCUUUGCAGGUUACGCCUUUUGCCAUGAUGUCUCGACCAGUGGCAGGUGUUCGCGACAAAUCGUUGAUCAUCACACUACCAGGAUCGCCAAAAGGAGCCAAAGAGAAUCUCGAAGCAAUCAUUAAGCUUCUGCCGCAUGCGUGUAUCCAAGCAGCUGGAGCAAACUCCAGAGCUAUCCAUGCGGGUGGCGUUAAGAAGCUUGAAGCCGAUGCAGGCGUAUCUUCUGGAGGGCAGGGCCAUUCCCACUCUCACGACCAUCAUCAUCACCAUCAUCACCAUGACCACGGCCACGGCCACGCAAUUCCAAAACCGCAUACAUCGCCCUCAGAGCGACCACAAUCCAACGAUCUCAAUGGAGCACCAAGCCGGCGGCACCGUUCAUCACCGUACCCAAUGCUCUCUGUGGACGAAGCACUUAAGUUAAUCAGCGAACAUACCCCUGGACCCGAAGUGGUUGAAGUACCCGUGACGACUGCGCUCGUCGGUUCCGUGGUGGCUGAAGAUGUCUACUCCAGAGAGGCCGUUCCAGCAUAUCGAGCUAGCAUUGUCGAUGGCUACGCAGUCAUCGCUCCGGAGUCGCCUACAUCCGGCCCAAGCACAAAAGGAGUAUUCCCCGUGGCUUCUGUCACGUAUGCCAACGCAGGUGGAGUUCUAUCGCCUCUCGAAUCCGGAACCAUUGCCAGAAUCACAACCGGAGCACCUCUCCCAGCCAACGCCAAUGCGGUAGUCAUGGUUGAAGACACGGUCCUCGAAUCAACAACUCCAGACGGAAACGAAGAAGCAACCGUCGAAAUCCUAACCGGAGACAUCAAACCAAAAGAGAACGUCCGCGAACCAGGCAGCGAUGUCGCACUAGGAUCUCGAAUCCUUCAAAAAGGCGACCAAAUCACAUCCAUCGGCGGCGAGCUCGGCCUCCUAGCCGCAACAGGAACCAAAACCGUCAAGGUCUUCAAGAAGCCCUGCAUCGGUGUCCUGAGCACCGGCGACGAACUCGUCGAGCACAACGCCCCUGUUACUCUCCAAGGCAGCCAGAUCCGCGAUUCCAACCGCCCCUCUCUCCUAUCCUGUCUGGCGUCCUGGGGCUUCCCAACAGUCGACCUGGGAAUCGUCCGCGACACCGCAGGCGAACUCGAGCAAUCCCUCCGCGAUGCACUAAGAGGAGUCGGACAAACUGACUCAUCCAACAUCGACGUAAUCGUCACCACCGGCGGCGUAUCGAUGGGCGAAUUGGACCUCCUCAAACCCACCAUCGAGCGCUCCCUAGGCGGAACUAUCCAUUUCGGACGUGUUUCCAUGAAACCAGGCAAACCGACUACUUUCGCUACCAUACCUUUCAAACCUUCAACAACAACAACAUCAUCACAAUCAGAACGUCAGUCAAAACUCAUAUUCUCGCUCCCUGGUAACCCCGCCUCAGCACUCGUCACGCUAAACCUCUUCGUCCUCCCAUCUCUGCACAAGUUAAUGGGAUUGGGCGAACGAUGUGCAUCUCUUUCUCUACCUGGUACGCUAGGCCUGCCGCUUGUAUCGGUCGCCCUGGCGCAUCCAUUCCCGCUUGACUCCAAACGCACAGAUUACCAUCGUGCCAUUGUUACGGCCUCGCGGACGGAUGGGAGAUUAUACGCUUCGAGUACAGGCUUGGAAGGUGUUGGACAGCGCAGUUCGAGGGUUGGGAGUAUGGCUAGUGCGAAUGCGCUUGUGGUGUUGCAGCCAGGAAGUGGGAAGGCUGAGAAGGGGAGGUUGGUGCAGGCGUUGAUGUUGGGGAAUGUCAUUGCUGGGGAGUGA